GCCAGGGCAGCAGCGGCGGGGUCCUGGCGUGGGCAGGCAGGGAGGGAGAGACGCGGGCCGAGGUCCACAGUGGAUGGUUUCUAAAAUGAUCAUCGAAAACUUCGAAGCGCUCAAAUCCUGGCUCAGCAAGACCCUCGAGCCUAUCUGUGAUGCUGACCCAUCAGCUCUAGCUAAAUAUGUUCUUGCUUUGGUAAAGAAGGAUAAAAGUGAAAAAGAGCUGAAGGCAUUAUGUAUCGAUCAACUGGAUGUAUUUCUUCAGAAGGAGACACAGAUAUUUGUAGAAAAACUUUUUGAUGCUGUGAAUACGAAGAGCUACCUACCUCCACCCGAACAGCCAUCAUCAGGAAGUCUAAAGGUAGAAUUUUUUCAACACCAAGAAAAAGAUAUAAAAAAGGAAGAGAUUGCAAAAGAAGAAGAACGAGAAAAGAAGUUUUCUAGAAGGUUAAAUCAUAGUCCUCCCCAAUCAAGUUCCCGCUACAGAGAAAAUAGGAGCCGAGAUGAACGAAAAAAGGAUGACCGUUCUCGAAAAAGAGAUUAUGAUCGAAACCCACCUAGAAGAGAUUCGUAUAGAGACCGGUACAAUAGAAGAAGAGGGCGGAGCCGAAGUUAUAGUCGAAGUCGGAGUCGGAGUUGGAGUAAAGAGCGGUUGCGAGACAGAGACAGAGAUAGAAGCAGGACUAGAAGCCGAAGUCGAACGCGAAGCAGAGAAAGAGAUCUGGGAAAACCAAAAUAUGACCUGGAUAGAACAGAUCCAUUAGAAAACAACUAUACUCCAGUUUCUUCUGUAACUAACAUUUCGUCUGGCCACUACCCUGUUCCUACUUUGAGCAGUACUAUUACUGUUAUUGCUCCAACUCAUCAUGGUAAUAACACUACGGAAAGCUGGUCUGAAUUUCACGAAGACCAGGUGGACCAUAACUCUUAUGUAAGACCUCCAAUGCCAAAGAAACGUUGCCGAGAUUACGAUGAAAAGGGUUUCUGUAUGAGAGGAGACAUGUGCCCUUUCGAUCAUGGAAGUGACCCUGUAGUUGUAGAAGAUGUAAACCUUCCUGGCAUGCUGCCUUUCCCAGCACAACCACCUGUUGUUGAAGGACCACCUCCUCCUGGACUUCCCCCACCUCCACCAAUUCUGACACCUCCACCUGUGAAUCUUAGACCUCCAGUGCCACCUCCGGGUCCAUUACCACCUAGCCUUCCUCCUGUCACAGGACCACCACCUCCACUUCCUCCUUUGCAACCAUCUGGUAUGGAUGCUCCUCCGAACUCUGCAACCAGUUCUGUUCCCACUGUAGUAACAACGGGUAUUCAUCACCAGCCUCCGCCAGCACCACCCUCUCUCUUUACAGCAGUUUUUGUAUUACCAGAUACAUAUGACACAGAUGGCUAUAAUCCUGAAGCCCCAAGCAUAACAAACACUUCCAGACCUAUGUAUAGACACAGAGUGCAUGCCCAAAGGCCUAAUUUGAUAGGACUUACUUCAGGAGAUAUGGAUCUGCCACCCAGAGAAAAGCCUCCUAAUAAAAGCAGUAUGAGGAUAGUGGUUGAUUCAGAGUCAAGAAAAAGAACCAUUGGAUCAGGGGAACCUGGAGUUCCUGCUAAGAAGACUUGGUUUGACAAGCCAAACUUUAAUAGAACAAAUAGCCCAGGUUUUCAGAAGAAAGUUCAGUUUGGAAAUGAAAAUACCAAACUUGAACUCAGGAAAGUUCCUCCAGAAUUGAAUAAUAUCAGCAAACUUAAUGAACAUUUCAGCCGGUUUGGAACUUUGGUCAACUUACAGGUUGCCUUUCAUGGUGAUCCUGAAGGUGCACUUAUCCAGUUUGCAACAUAUGAAGAAGCAAAAAAAGCAAUCUCUAGUACAGAAGCAAUUUUGAAUAAUCGUUUUAUUAAAGUUUAUUGGCACCGAGAGGGGGCUGCCCAGCAACUGCAAACAGCUUCCCAGAAAGUUAUACAACCUUUAGUCCAACAGCCCAGUUUACCUGUUGUGAAGCAGUCUGUGAAAGAACGAUUAGGUCCAGUACCUUCAAGUAAUAUUGAACCUGCAGAAGCCCAGAGUGCUAGUACAGAUAUUCCUCAGAAUGUAACUAAGUUAUCUGUGAAGGACAGGUUGGGUUUUGUAUCAAAGCCAUCUGUUUCAGCAACUGAAAAGGUGUUGUCCACUUCUACUGGCCUCACAAAAACAGUGUACAAUCCAGCUGCUUUGAAAGCUGCGCAGAAGUCCUUACCUGCUGUUUCCAUCUCUACAUUAGACAACAGCGAAGCACAGAAAAAAAAACAGGAAGCACUAAAAUUGCAACAGGAUGUGAGAAAAAAGAAGCAAGAGAUUUUAGAAAAGCACAUUGAAACACAGAAGAUGUUAAUUUCAAAACUGGAGAAAAACAAAGCAAUGAAGUCUGAAGAUAAGGCGGAAAUAAUGAAAACUUUGGAGGCGUUGACGAAUAGCAUUACUAAAUUAAAAGAUGAAUUGAAAGCUGUUUCAUCUGGAGGCUCCCUUCCCAAAAGUGUGAAAACCAAAGCUCAGAUGCAGAAAGAAUUACUGGACACAGAACUGGAUUUGUACAAGAAGAUGCAGGCUGGAGAAGAAGUCACUGAACUUAGGAGAAAAUAUACAGAACUACAGCUUGAAGCUGCAAAAAGAGGGAUUCUUUCAUCUGGUCGAGGGCGAGGAAUUCAUUCAAGAGGUCGAGGUACCACGCGGGGCAGAGGAAGGGGACGUGGUCGAGGGAGAGGCGUUCCUGGUCAUGCUGUGGUAGACCAUCGCCCGAGAGCAUUAGAGAUCUCUGCAUUUACCGAAAGUGAUAGAGAAGACCUCCUCCCCCAUUUUGCGCAAUAUGGUGAAAUUGAAGAUUGUCAGAUUGAUGACUCCUCUCUUCACGCGGUAAUUACAUUCAAGACAAGAGCAGAAGCAGAAGCAGCUGCAAUUCAUGGAUCUCGUUUCAAAGGGCAAGAUCUUAAACUGGCCUGGAAUAAGCCUGUAAUUAACAUGUCAGCUGUUGAAGCAGAAGAAGUUGAGCCUGAUGAGGAGGAAAGUUCUAUCAAUAUUGGCUGAACUUUAGCUUAGAGGCUACAUUGGCAAGACUCGUUCCUGUCUGGAAGAAGACCAUUAUAAUAUGAUGUGAUACCAUUGUAUGCUUUGUCUCCUGUUAGCUUGAAUUAAUGUUUGGUUUUGGUGCAUAUUAGCUUUAGUUCUUUGGUAGUAUGAAAGACUACACCUGUUUAUCCCCUGAGUUUGUAUCUGAAGUUUUGUCAUUGGUAAACAUUAUCUUUGAAUAACAAUCAGUUUGGAUAUUUAUGUUCUUCUUUUAAAAUCAGGUUGCUAUUAUUGCAAACAUAUAAGGGAAAACUUUUAACUUUAAAUUUCUUAACAUCAGAUAUGUUAAACAUCAGUCAAGUUGGAAAGAGCUGUGUUUAUGAAAUAUGUUGGCAAAGCCAUUCUUUUUUUCUGAGCAAAUGGGAAUAACGAAAAUCAAAAAAGCUUAAAGUGGCAGUUGGUAUGGAAUUGGUUUGGAUUUUAAGUUUUCUCUGUUUAAUGGGAUCUGUUUCUGGAAAUAGGGUAGUGACUGGCCAUCAAGAUUUUGUUUAAUACCUUGACAAACUUCUUCUAAAAAUGCCAAACUAGCUUAUCUGGACAGUUGUUUCUGAGUCAUUAAUCCUUCAGAACAGAGAGUAACUUCACUGUCAUUUGAAGGGACAUGUUAAAACCUAGGGAAUCAUAAGUAUUUUGAAGUGUCAGAUUAGCAUCUGUGUGUGUACUUGAGGGGUUUUCAUUAAAGACUGAAUCCCAGCAGAUGCUAAGUGAAGUAAUGGGUUUUUUUUAAACAUUAUAUGCCUCUUCUGUUUCUAAAAGUGUACAUUUUGUAUAGUUUUUAGAAGGAAUGUGGUUUUAAUAUUAUUUUGGCUUUUUUUUUAGAUUAAAGUAAUAUAGUAUACUUGUAUAAAAUCUCAAUUUAAAGUCUCAACCUCAGAAUGUUUUCAAAGUAUAACUUGUGAAUAGUGAUCCUAGGUAAAUACUUCUAUAAAUAUGUUAAAGGAUGGGAGCUGCACAUAUCAGGAUGUUAGAGAGAGAAAAAUCAAAUGAUUUUCCAAUUCCUGUUACCAUGCUGUUUUCUAAUUCACUUGCUACACAAAGACUGCUUAGGAAAACACUCAGGUUUUUGUCGUCUUAUUGCCUAAUUUAAAAAAUGCAUAAAUAUAGAAAAUGAGAAUUUUGAAAAUAUUUGUCAUAAUGUGGAUGAGUACUUAAUACUGAUUUGCAAUAGUGGAAAACAUGAUAUAUUUAGGUUAAGAGACUAAUAAAUAAAGUGCCUAUUUUAGAUGGCCAUCAAGUGAAUUUUAAUUAUAGCCAUUGACUUAGCCUACAUUUGUGAAUCAGCAGAUAGUCCGUAACUCAUAGAUUACUUACGCAGUUUAGGCAAGAUAGCUGGUGCUUUAGAGGUUUUAUUCUAAAUAAAAAUUUGGACACAACCAGGAACCAGAUAAUUCUGAUUGUUUGCUUUCCAUUCCAUUUUGGGCUUUUAAGCUGGGAAUUUUCAUUAUGAUCAGUGUUUCUUGUUACUAAAAGGUCACUAGUUUUAGCUAUACCUAAUUAUUGAAAAGCAACAAUAUUGUCAAAGGAUGAGGAUUUGCUUUUAUCAAUAUAGUUCAACAGGAUUCUCAUAAAACUGUGUAGAUAACUGCACAGAAUCACUUGAUUGAAGUAUUUCAUCUCCACGUGACUGAGUCAUAGAAGUCUUUUUUUUAAAAAAAUUUAAUGUGUUUCACACUUUUAGCUCCUGUAGCUGUGCUAUGUAUUUCUGUUUACAUUUUUACAUAGUGAAUUUCAAAAUAUUCUCACAAAAUGCAAAACUGUAGAUUUCUGAAUAACUUCUGUCUUGCUUGCAAGAUAAUUAUUAGUCCACAAGUGAGGCUUCCACACAAAUGUCAGAAAAAUUUUGUUGGUGCUACAAACAACCCUCCCACAUUUGUUUUGACUCAAAUUACAUCACUCAUUUACUUCAGCAUGCUCUUUGAUCCUUUUAAAACAAUAUUUUAUAUAACUACUCAGUUUGUAAAUUGGGUAAAGUUUUCAGCCUUGUGAACACCCAGUAAAGGGACUAAUGUAAUAAUGCAAAAAUAACAGGAAAUUUCUUCUUUUUGAUUGUGUUCCUGCCUUCUCAAAAAAGACUUUAGUUUGUCAUUAGAUCCUGUGUUAAAUUUUCUAGGAGAUGUAAGGGGUGUUAAUCCUGGUCUGAUUCCAAAUUGAAUAAUAUUUCCACGCCUGAACCUCCUUACAGUACAUUAGUACUAAUGUUUAUUUUUCUCCAAACUAUUAUGUAACUCAGCAUUCUAUGCAGCUAUUACUUCAUGCAGUGGUAGUUCUUGAGUACAUAUUUUUAAAAAAACAUGGACCAGAGGGUUGUAAGAAAUUCAUUAAUAUGUUGUUGGGUUUUGUGGUUUUUUUUUUUUUUGUUAAGAAUUCUCAAUUCAAAACCUUGCAAAGAAUAUUUUCAUAAAUCAUUCUUACGGAUCAGUAGAACAUUAUGGAUGUCAAACUUAAUGGUGUUCAUAAUCCUAAACUGUAGUUUGUUAAAAUAUUUGACACAAAUUUUUUCAUGCUUUUUGUUUAAUUAAAAGUCCCAACUCAGUGUCUGUGGAUUGAUGAAUUCUGUACUCCUGAAUGUCCCAUUUCAAGAAAGUCUCCUGGCAUGGGAAAAUAUUCCCUACUCUUUGAGCAGAGCAAAAGUAAUUGGUUAAGCUGUACCAGCUUUUUUGUUGUUGUUGGGGGGGGGGGUAGGGGAAGGGAGGAAGAGUUGUAUUAAAAAGUAGUGAUAAAAACUUGAACUAGAAUACUAAUAUUAUUUGCUUACAAUACAGUAUUGUUUGGUUUUGUCAGUGGUUUUGUUAUUUAUAGCUGAAUUUGUUUUGCUUGUUAAAUAUUCAUGUUUG